AUGAAGCACUAUGAGGUAAGGAACAAGGCCACGGAACUUGGGCUGUUACUGAUCACCACGGGACCCCCUUGUCAUUUUAUUCUCCAAGCCUGGGGAAGAGCCGAACGGCGCAGGCGCAAUGGGCGCACGCUGCUCCUGGGGCCACUCGGUGCUGCCUUGGGGGGCCCAACGGUGUUAGCCCCUCAGUACCAAGAGAGCCCUCUACGUUGGGUUGCCAGUGAAGGAGACCCCAGCUCCCAUGGAGCUCUCCGUCAGCCUGUGGCCUGCCUUACCUUUCGGGAGAUACCGGUGGCUCCUCUGAGGGCUGUGCUGGACAUUGCUACCAAUGCCUUCCUGCUGUCCCGCUUCCUCUUCCAGCAGCCUGGCCCUCGACGGCACUCUCCCUCCUGGGCCCUGGGCUGGGGGAGAGGCUGGGCCGGGGCUCUGGUGCCACUCGGGUUACAUCUGGCAGAGAAGGCAGCCGUUCAGGGCAGGCAUGGGCUCCCUUCCAGCACCGCGGCAGAAUUUGAUCAGCCAUUCGGCCCCAAGCCGCUUCCAGUGGGGAGGUCUGUUGUGGGGGUUGACCGGCGGCAGCUAGGCCACUGGCUGCAGCAGGCGUGGAGUGGAGCGGGCAGGGUUGGUGCCAGUGCCGAGGGUGGCAUGGACAUGAACUUGGUGACCCGAGAGGCAAGCCAGGGCCUUGUCCCAGGCCUCAACAGCCUCCCCGGGCCCAUACCCCCCAAGACAACCAAAAAACAUAAAAAAGCUGUUCUCUUCUUCGAGGUGGAGAUUCUGGACGCGAAGACGCGGGAGAAGUUGUGCUUCCUGGACAAGGUGGAACCCCAUGCCACCAUUGCUGAGAUCAAGAACCUUUUCACCAAGAACCAUCCGCAGUGGUACCCUACCCGGCAGUCCCUCCGCCUGGAACCCAAGGGUAAGUCCCUGAAGGAUGAGGAUGUGCUGCAGAAGCUGCCUGUGGGCACCACGGCCACACUGUACUUCCGGGACCUCGGGGCGCAGAUCAGCUGGGUGACGGUGUUUCUGACGGAGUACGCAGGACCCCUUUUCAUAUAUCUGCUCUUCUACUUCCGGGUGCCCUUCAUCUAUGGCCACAAAUAUGACUUCACGUCCAGUCGGCACACAGUGGUGCACCUCGCCUGUAUCUGCCACUCAUUCCACUAUGUCAAGCGCCUGCUGGAGACACUUUUUGUGCACCGCUUCUCCCACGGCACCAUGCCCCUGCGCAACAUCUUCAAGAACUGCACAUACUACUGGGGUUUUGCUGCUUGGAUGGCCUAUUACAUCAACCACCCUCUCUAUACUCCCCCCACCUACGGAGCUCAGCAGGUGAAACUGGCGCUCGCCAUCUUUGUGAUCUGCCAGCUAGGCAACUUCUCCAUCCACAUGGCUCUGCGCAACCUGCGGCCGGCAGGGUCCAAGGCGAGGAAGAUCCCGUUCCCCACCAAGAACCCCUUCACUUGGCUCUUCCUGUUGGUGUCCUGCCCCAAUUACACCUACGAGGUUGGCUCCUGGAUCGGCUUCACCAUCAUGACACAGUGUCUCCCAGUGGCUCUCUUCUCCUUGGUGGGCUUCACCCAGAUGACCAUCUGGGCCAAGGGCAAGCACCGAAGCUACCUGAAAGAGUUCCGAGACUACCCACCCCUGCGCUCGCCCAUCGUCCCCUUCCUGCUCUGA